AUGCGCGCCCCUCACCUGCCCUUCCUCCUCCUGCGUGCUUGGUGGUUCCUGCUACUGGCCCGAGCCACCACGGUGGCCGCCGUGCCUUUACGGUCUCGGGGACAGCCUUCGUCGCCGUCCCCUCUCGCGUACAUGCUGAGCCUCUAUAGCGACCCGCUGCCCGGGGCAGACAUCAUCCGCAGCCUGCAGGCGCAAGCUGUGGAGGUAGAUGGGCAGAACUGGACCUUCACUUUUGAUUUCUCCUUCCUGAACCAAGAGGAGGACCUGGCAUGGGCUGAGCUCCGGCUGCAGCUGUCCAGCCCUGUAGACCUCCCUGAUGAGGGUCAACUCACCAUCAAGAUCUUCCACCAGCCAAAGCUGGAUGCAGAGCAGGACCUAGCUAAAUGCCCAGAACAUUUCCAGAUGGAGAGUUUCACUGUCACUCCAUCCCAAGUCACCUUCUCCUCAGGCAGCAUGGUUCUGGAGGUGACCAGGCCACUCUCUAAAUGGCUGAAGAACCCCAGGGCACUGGAGGAACAGAUGUCCAGUGUGAAUAGAGAGUGCUGGCUGCAGACACCCACCCCACCUGUCACCAACACCAAUGUGCUUCUUAUGCUCUACUCCAACCUGUCACGGGAGCAAAGACGGCUGGGUGGUGCCACCUUGCUGUGGGAAGCCGAGAGCUCCUGGCGAGCUCAGGAAGGUCAGCUGUCCCGGGAGAGGAGUUUGUGGAGCAAGAGGCAGCGCCGACAUCCACUGCCAGACAGAAGCCAACUGUGUCGGAAGGUCAAGUUCCAGGUAGACUUCAACUUGAUUGGUUGGGGCUCCUGGAUCAUCUACCCCAAGCAGUACAAUGCCUAUCGCUGUGAGGGCGAGUGUCCUAACCCUGUGGGGGAGGAGUUCCACCCCACCAACCAUGCAUACAUCCAGAGUCUGCUGAAACGAUACCAGCCCCACCGGGUUCCUUCCACCUGCUGUGCCCCGGUGAAGACCAAGCCACUAAGCAUGCUGUAUGUGGACAAUGGCAGAGUGCUCCUGGAGCACCAUGAGGACAUGAUCGUGGAAGAGUGUGGCUGCCUCUGA